AUGAGGCGGAAAAUUACAAAUGUUAAAACAGAACCAGAACAUGAUAUUUGUAAGAAAAUGAGACUUAAAGCAAUAGCAAUUUUAUCAAUAAUGCUGGCACUUUCUGUUUGGCUAAAACCAAAAGUUGAUUAUGAGAAGGCAAAGGAGAAGUGGGAGAAGUGGGAAGAAGGAAAGUAUAAGGGGGAUAAGUUGGACGAGUUGGAAGACAAGUUGGAAGAAGAGAAAUUGAGUGAAGCACAGGUUAAAUAUUUACAACGAGCAGUAGUAGAAUUCGGUGGAGGGGAAGCUUUUGGUUCAUCAGGGGCAGAAGACUUUAUUAGGAAAUCAAAUAAGAUAGCUCCUUUUUUAGAAAGUUUUAAUAAUUAUUCGAAAUGCUUUUUGACUUCUUUCAAAACCAUCAUAAUUGUAUCAGAAGAGAUUCGUAAAUUUGUUGGUAAUUUUGUUAAGGAAAUGUCAGAAGUAUAUGGAAAAGAAGAUGGCCGACAGGAGAUUGUGGAGAAAUGCCAGAUUAAAAAUAGAUAUGGAAAAACUGGAUCAAUUAUGAUUUGUGAAUUAAAGAAUGAAAUUUGUACGGCACACAGUGACCCAUAUAUUCAAGGAAAUAUCUCUUAUGCUAAAUAUUGGGCACAAGAAAAGGGUGAGAUAAAAAAAGUGCGAGAGAUAUGCAAUUGCCCAUGUUUUAUCAUAACAAUAGCAAGUCCAUGGCCUUCACAGAUGCUUGAAGCUUUACAACAGCCUGUUUGUUCAUUAAGGAAAUUUUAUGAGCAACUUAAUUUAACAGAUCAUUCUUUAGAUAAUGCACAACAAUUUUUUCCUUAUUUUGAAACAAACAAUAAAAUUGCACAUCAACUGUGUGCUGAAUGUGGAUUUGCACCUCAAUUAUUGUACUACAACAAGGAUGAAAUAUAUGGUUUGUUAUGGAGUAUAUCAAUGUAUGAAACUGAGAAAAUAUUACAGGAAAUUCGCAGUGCUUUGCAGAAAUUGCAUGAAAAAGAACUAGUGUUUGGUGAUCUUUGUAAGAGUAAUAUCAUGAUUCAAGAGGAUAUUGAUUGUGUGAAACAUGUAAAACUUAUAGACUUUGAGUGGUGUGGUAUUGAAGACCAAGCUUUCUAUCCAGCAUUUAUCAACCAUGAAAUAAAUUGGCCAA